GCAGGAAGACAACCUCUAGAAGAGAGAGAAAGAAACAUCUCAUGCUAGUGGACUGCAAACUCUGUAAAGCUAUACUGAACAGCUCAGAACAUGUGUAAGGGAUUAGCAGCCCUGCCCCAGACAUGUCUGGAAAGGGCUAAGGAGAUCAAGACUAAAUUGGGAACUCUGCUUCAGAAGCCAGAGAAUUCCAUCGACCUUAUCAUCCCCUACCAAGAAAAGCCUGAGAAGAAACCGGAGAAGCUUCAAAAGCCCGCACCUGAAGAAGCUGCUCAGUGGCGCGAGUCCCUCGAUAAGGUCCUCUCCAACAGCUAUGGCCUGGCCACCUUCAAGUGCUUCCUGAGAUCUGAGUUCAGCGAUGAAAAUAUUGAGUUCUGGGAGGCUUGUGAGGAUUUCAAAAAGACCAAGAGUCCACUGAAAAUGGCCACCAAAGCUAAGAAGAUUUAUGAGGACUUCAUUCAGACCGGUGGGCCUAAAGAGGUGAACAUCGACCAUUUCACCAAAGACGUGACUCUGAGAAAUCUGGUUGAUCUUACACCUGCUGCCUUUGAUCUGGCUCAGAGCCGAAUCUACAGCCUGAUGGAGAAAGACUCCUUUGGUCGGUUCCUGAGAUCUGAACAGUAUCAAGAACUCAUCAAGUAAACCGAUUGACCAGCUGCAGGGAGACACAAACAGAAGACCAAACAUUAAUUUGAAGUCUUUAAUAUGUUGUUUAAGACAAAUGGCAAUUAUCUGAACUUCAGUUAGCAUUACUAUAAGUAUUUAUUUGAUCGAAUUGGAUACUAAUGCUAAGUGUUGCAUUAGUCUCCCUGCAGCUGAUGUUGAAAAGAUGUUAACAUAAAUUGCUAAUGCAUUGAAUGUCAAAGCGAAUUUAAUAAAAGAAACUUAUGAUCCGGGAUUAAGAGACAAUACAUGUCACUCCUCGUGAAAGAAUGAUUUGUGAGAUUUGUCAUUAGCAGCAAAAAAAUAUUAAUAAGGACAUAAAAUUGUGUAUAAAUGUCCUAUCGUGUGUAGUUCUACUUUACUGACCCCUAUAGACUAAAUAAAACUUUAAGACUAUACCCCACUUUUAUGUAUUUUCUGGUAAGUGCAGAAGUGCCUUGAAUACUUCUGAUGACUAUGUUCCAGUUUGUAUAUCCAAACAAGUGCCAUAUUUAUCUGAAAACGAGGGAAAGGGCUGAGGAAUGGGAAAGGAAAAGUGUGGGUUUUUCUUGGAAAUGUCUGUGUUAAUAUUAAAACGCCCAAAUGGUAAACAGAAAGAUAAACAACUUGAGAAAUAACCCACUAAGUAUAGAAAGCUUAACUAUAUGUCAAUGUGACAUGUUGGAAUACUGCAGUGUCUGGGAACUUGUUGUUUGGUUACCGCUAUUGAAAGUUGCUAAGAUGGGAAGAUCAAGUGGGGGGAAAUCUCUUUAAAGCACUGGGCAAAUAUUCAGUUUCUUUUUAUUCUAAAGACAAUGUUUAUUCCCAUGCCUGUAUUUAAAAGCAGUUAUAUUACAUAAUAGAAAUCCAACACGUGUUUUUGGCAUUUAACCAGAAUAUCCAGCCUGAUCUCACGAGAAAUCGUACAUAUUUUAAGAGUUGGCUAAUUUGUAUCAAUUCAUACGAAAUUAAUUGUGCAAAAUCGCACGAUUCUCAUGAAAAAACAACAAAAACGAAACCAAUCCCCCAACCCUGCACCUAACCCCAACGUCACAGGGGUCAAGGCAGAUCGUACUAAAAUGUACGAAUGUGGUCGUAUGAAUUAAUACGAAUUAGCAAAUUUUCGUAAAAUAUGUACAAAUUCUCGUGAGAUAGCUUUUAAAUAUCAUAACAAUAUAUACACCUCAUGAAUGAUAUUUACUAUUAAGUCUAAACAAAAAGAUCUUACUUGUUAUUGAAAGUCUUACUGCAGUUAAGAUUUGAGGAGUUCAGAUACAAAACCCUCUAAGUGCAUCUGACAUGUUAUCUUGUAAAUGAGCAUUUUUUUAUGUUUAGGUUUAGAUACAAAGGUUAUUACUCAAUAACUGAAAUGUCACAAAUUAUUUCACUGUCAAAUUUUACUGCAGAACCCUCUAAGUGCAUGCAAGGUUUUUUGCAAAAACAUCCACUUAAAAAAACAAAGACAUAGGAAACAAUUACAAAAACACUAAAUAUGCAACUAGAAACAGAUGCAUGAAAGUCAAUAUUUAAAAAAAACUGAACCACACAUUAGAGGGCGUCUAUGUCACUGCUGCGUCCCAAUUCGCCUAGCGCUAAAAGUAUGUGUUGGAAAAGUACCUACUUUUAAGUGCAGAACGAAAAAGUAUACACUUUGGGAAAUACUAACGCGAAACUGGACGACUCAAGCAUUUUUUCAUUCAUUAUUUAAUUUGUUAGUUCUAGCGCAACUAAAAGUUAUGGGUAAUAUCAGGCAUCCAUGGAUCUACACUUUAAAUUUUCACCUUAAACAGACCAUCCAGGAACUUUAUGGAUACUCAUUUUAACAUACUAUGCUUUUGGACAUACAAAUUCUAAUUUCAAAUACUAUUUAGGAGGAUAGUAUGCAGAUUGGGAUGCAGGGCAACAUUUGGGUUGUAUUCAGGUUCAAGUAGGCUACUCACAAGGGACACCAGUAUAAAUGUGGUCCAUGGUUGUUUUGCGCAAAAUUGUUAACAUAAUUAAUCUGUUGUGCACUUAGAGGACUUUGCUAAAAAAAAUGUGGCAUUUAGCAGAUUCUGCCAGAAUCAGUAUGACAUUUCUGAAUAGCCUGAGGCCAGGAUUAAGUGAAUUUGAAAGUAUUUGAUCAACGUAUAAUACGUGCCAAGAGCAUUCAGUUAUUAUCGUUAUCUCAUAUAUCACAAGGGUGGCAUUUAGCGGUGGCAUCUGAGCUCCUCAUUUACUAUUUUGCUUUAGGCAUGUGCAGCUAUUACAGUAGAUUGCAUUCAUAAGUUUACAUAUGACAUAACAAACAUAUGUAAGUCACAAGUGUGGUUUAUCAGUAUACCAUUGCAUGUUUUGAUGAUUUCAGAUUUUAAAAGUAUGUUUCACCAGACACAAACAGCAUUGCAUGUAUAUUUACAGUUAUAUUAUAAUGUGUAUGUGACUAAACAUAAAUAAGCAGUUGUAGGUGCCUCCCGAUGUCCUUACUGAUGGCCCACUAACAGAAUUUCCGUAGUUCACUGCAGGACAGGAUAAGAUUAAUAUGGCGAUCAAUGAUUGGACAUCACUAACAUAACCUUUAGAACUGAAAUAGACAAAAACAAAAUGAUUUUUAUGUUUUUUUUAAAUAUGCAUAUGAAUAACAAACAGGAUCUUUUUGUAAUUGGUCAUCUUUUCUUUGGGGCAAACUUUUAACCAUACAAUUGAAGUUGAUACUGAAUACUGUAUGAAAAAAUGUUUCGGAAAAUGUCAAAAUUGUCAGUAAGGACUGACAGGGUACCUUGCUUCUACAAGAAAUCUGCAUAAGACUACAGUACAGUAUAUGCAUGUAUGUUUGUAGUUGCUCAUAUAAAAUCCAUAAUCACAUUAAAGUUCUGAAAAUUAAUUUAUUUUCUAUAUGUACUGUACAUAUCAACUGUUUACAACUAUUUUUUUUAUUUAUUCAAGAAUGCUUGUCUGAUUAUUUGAUCCACUGGUUAAAAAGUAAGAAGAGCGUGUCCUUUCUAAUUCAUAAAAAGAGAAAAUUGUG